AACUUUAUGAUAAGUGAGUUUACGUUACACAGUCACAUCUGAUCGAUUAUGUUUCGAUAAAUGAAAAAUGAAAACUGACCCGUGACUACACAUCAAUAAUUCUUUAUCAGAUCAUUGGAGAUAUUAUUAAAAAAAUUUGAAUGGUGAAUUUUACAUUGUACUAAUAUUCACGUGGAACAGGUUCAACAGCGUUGUGAUUAAAUAUCAAAAGACAUGUUCUCAGGCUGUUGAUAGGAAUGCUUUCUUCAAAGUCGACCAUCUUUUUGCAUUCAGCCGUUUCUUAACAUAUAAUGCUUCCUCGGAUACCAUCCAUUUAUAGAGGCAUUCUUACACUGGUUGGAAUAACAUUAUUACUAUUCAUGCUUUUAAUGCAAGGAAACAGACCAGAUACUGUUAGAUUACGGCGUUUGCAAAUUCAGAAUGAGGUUAUGGGUCGUGUUCAAAUCCCUGAUGAAUUUGGAAUGGAAAAGUCUACUGCAAACAUAAGAACAACACAGCGAACAACAAAAGAGACUGUACGACAUCAAAAUAUAGAAACUCGGAACAUAGUUAACCCUCAUAACUUCUCGUACUUGAAAAACCCUGUUAACAUUUGCAGUGGAAAGGAUAUAUACAUGAUAACAUACAUUCAUACAUCACCAAAGAAUUUCCAUAAGCGCCAAACGAUUAGAAGCACGUGGGGAGACAAGCGUCUGCUAGAGCAAUACAAAACGAAAAUUGUGUUUGUGAUGGGGAGAGUAGAAGAUACAAAAGUGAUGAACAAAUUAGACCUUGAAAAUGCUCAUUAUGGAGACAUAGUACAAGAAGAUUUCUUAGAUUCUUACAAAAAUUUAACUUAUAAAGGCAUCGCGGCGUUGAAAUGGAUAUCAAAUUAUUGCAAUAACACCGUGUUCACUUUGAAAACAGACGAUGAUAUUCUAGUCAACAUUUUUAAGCUUGUGAAACAUUUAAAAGAAAUUGUAGAAUUUCAGCUAGGUCGCAAGAACCUAAUUUUGUGCAAUCAGUGGUUACGUAUGGCAGUAUUAAGAGACAAAAAUAGUAAAUGGUAUAUUCCGAAAGAGGACUUUUCACCAGACUAUUUCCCUCCAUAUUGCUCUGGCUCGGCGUUUGUGUUGAGCACAGAUAUGACUAGUCGUAUGUACAAUGCUUCUUUAUAUGAAAAAUUUUUCUGGGUUGAUGAUUAUUAUAUCACAGGUAUUCUACCUAGCCAUAUAAAAGUGAAACAGAAACGGUUAAACGAAGCUUAUAUACUCAAUGGUAGGGUAGUUUAUGACAAGUUAGUGAAUGAUACGAAAAAUCAAUUGAUGUUUUUUCAUGUGCCUAAACUUAAUACAAUUUUUUCAAUGUGGAGAUUAAUCAAACAGCGACUUAAAAUGCAUAUUCAAGAGGAAUUCACAUGGUCACCUGUCGUGUCUCCAGAUACAGUUGUGUAAUACGUGUAUUCAGAAUUUGCAUAGAUUAUGUUAAUAAGUAAUUUCAAACCACCUCUGAUUACGAUUAGAAAGAGUCAAUUAACUCACUUUAUAUUUAAAGCAAAUUAUGACAUUUCCAACAAAAAUGUGUAAAUAUGCCUUUGAAACUUGCCUCAGACCAUAAUUUAUUUAAAACCUUUAUGAAAUCCAGAAUGUAUGAUUUUUAUUUCUUUAUUGCAUUUCUUAUUUACAUUGUUUACAAAUUAUUGUUGCACAUACGUUUAAUUCAUAUCAUCAGUCACUUUCAAAUUAUCAUUUCAAAUACACAUAUAAUGUACGGGUAUGAAGGUCAAAUGUGCCAAUACUGUUUGAAAUAUACAUCCAUUUUAGAUACAAAGGACUAAUUUACAAGGAAAAUAAGAAAAAACGAUCCAUAAUUUAUUCAAAUUUAACAGUCGGAUGCAACAUUAAUAUGGCUUUAAAACCGAACCUUAAUUUCACGAUUCAAAACGUUAUAAAUGUUCUGACUAUAAUACUAUAUAUAUUAGUCCAAGAUAAAUGUUAGCAAAUUGUGAUGCAAUCAAGUAAAACCAAAGAUUUUAUUCGUAGUUUUAUGUGUUAUAAACAUGUUAAAUGGUUAAAGUCUUUGUUACAAAACAGUUUAACUGUGGGCUUUGAAAAUAUAUAAAUGCAUGUCAGGGCUACCAUGGAAUCAAAAUAAAUAACGUGGGAAAUAUAAAAUGGCCGUGCAAGUUCCAUUGCCUUGAAAAUACAUUUUUUGUAGAAUAUAGAAUUCAAUGGGGUAGGGCUGGGUUUGCUUUUUAUAAAAGUUUGCAAAACAUAUGUUCAUUGCAAAAAAUAUUUAGUGUAGCGGACUUCUGACCUCAAAUACACCGCUGGCAGUUAAAAAUUGUUGGUUAGAAAUGAUAAAACAAAAUAAUUUUGUGGUCUUGAUAGAGUUCGCCACUAUGAUUCCUACAAAAAUAAUAGAUUGUCGAUCUUCCUUUUAUUUCUUGAACAAUUGAAAUUCUUGACACGAUCUUUUCACUUUUGUUAUUUUCCAAUUCAAUUUCCUAUUCAAUUAGUGAACUAAAGCAAAAAUCAAUUCUAAUUUGUAGCAUUUACUUUCUUGUCAAUAUCAAAAUAAUUAAAUUUAUCAAAAGUAAAAUCUGAUUUACAGAAGUGUCAAGUAUGAUAAACUGAACCGUUUUAUUUAAUUUGCUUCUAUGUGAAAAUUUUCUAAUAUAAUCAACAAACAUCGUGUAUAUCUUUAUUCUCACAUUAUGUGAAGGAUAGCCAGUCACUCAUUUAUGCUACCUCUUUAGUUUAAAUAUAGCAAAGUUACCUUUUGAAAGUAUUUUAUAAUGGGAAAUAAAACUUCUUUAACAAGAUUUAUAUAUUCAUGUGCAUUUGGAAGUCAUAAAAUGACUUUAAAAUGAAACAUUUAUUAGUCUUUUGAAAUAGAUUAUCUUAAUCACUUUAUUUAGAAAUAUCAAGUUAAACGAUAAGGUGUAAAAAACGUAACGACAACAUGCAUUCCAAUAAGUGGCAUGUGACGUUGACUCAGCAACAUGUAUUAAAUCAUUGAACCUAAGGUCAAGAAUUACGCAUGGUUGUACAUGUUCAAAAAUUUAGUCGGGCGUUUUUCUAUUUAAGGCUAAUAUAUUGAUGGAAAUAUAAAUAUCCUGAAAAAAAUAAGCACUAUCAAUUAGAAAUGUUUAUAAUGAAAAUUUUAUUUUUAAAGGUAUAAAUAUUAGAUAUCAAAAGUGAUUUAUUAAAAUUAAAUGCAAAUCACGUAGAAGAUACACACUAAAAAGUUUAAACAUUGAGAAAUGAUCAAAACUGAUUAUUAGAUAUUUGAUUUAACAAUUCUUGCUGGAAUGAGAUUGCAUUCAAACUAUAUCAUUUGGUCAAAUUAAAGAAUACUUGUGUUUAGGGUUUCCAAACAGUCUCUCUUUUCUUAAGGAGGAAACCUCAAACACACUUACUUUUUUGUUUGGCCUUAGUUUUUACAUUAUUUUAAUUUUUAUAUUUACUUUUUUAGCAUUUCGAACAUUUAUUACAAAGCGCUGGUAGACUUCUAGUCAUAGGUCAUGAGUCAUAAGUCAUGAUAUGCCGCUAUUUUCUUCCUUGUGCAAUUUUAAUUGAAUUAUUUGUAAAUUGUGAUAAUAGUGAAUUCCAUGUUGUUAUUAUUAUUAUUACUAUUCUUAAAAUUGUUGUUUUACUAAAAAUAAACUUGAAAUAUU